GAAAGUUGGCCAACUUUUUAUAUGCGUGUUGUUUUAUUUUCUCACUUUUUAAUCGGUUUUAAGGGAUUAUUUUGAACAAAGACGUGGCUGAAAGAUGGAUAAAGAGCGUUUAAUGGACGGGACGUUGAUGUGUCACUCGGUAGCUGAGUGAUUCCACUUUUCUUUUUUCCUUCAGGAGUUUUUUUGUCUGACACGACGGCAACAAAAGUGGCAGAAAUGUUCAUGUUAACGCAAGUUUAUCGAUUUUCGAGUCAAAGUUGGUAAAAUGAGCGUUUUCCUUACGUUAAAUAUUGUAUUUCGGACCAAUAUGUUGCAUUAAAGAGUAAAGAAAGCAGCUUCAGAUUCGAACUGUUAGCCCUGAGCGGUACUGUUAUUGUUUAGCUUGACUUACAGUAAGUGAGCGUUUGAACUGCUCUUUGAUGGAGUUUUCCGCCGGCUGGAGGGCCUUGGAUGGGAUUUUCUUUACCCCGCAGCUGAAUGGCACACCGGCGGAUCGCCACCGUUUGAGCUUCCAGCUCCUGAACGACCGACCAGGAGGACCCGGUCUGCACGGGCAGCUCAGCAGAGCUCCCGCAUUCGGAAACGGACCCCUGGAUCGUGUGCUGUAAUUUCUCGGAUUAGACCAGAAGUGUGAACGCGUGUGAUUUUGCAGGCAUGCAGCUGAACCGACCGAGGAGUGCGGUGAUCGGUUUCACCCCUCCGUCUCCUCCGCCGACAGACACGCACCCGAGCUUCUCCAGCCACUUCAAAACGAUGCGAUUUUCCUACCAUCUCAGCCCGCAGCCUGGCUCCCGCAGAACCGGCCCGUCCACAUCCAGUCCUCGGCUCCUGACCAAGAGUUUGUCCCUGGAGCCGGGCCCCUCUCCAGGAGCCCACGAGGCCCCUCAGCGCCUGUGCUCGGACCCCGGCCCCCUGGGGCUGCAGCAUUGCAACGGCACGAGUGAGAAUGGUCACCAAGAUCCGCCGCCGGUGCCCCCUAAAACACGGCCGCCGUUACCCGGGCCCAAACCACAAGUGCCCCCGAAGCCACCACAUCUCCAACAACAGUGCGGCCGCCGACCCCGGCCCCCGGACAAGCCCCUCCCCCCGCCUCCGUCCCGCCCGCUCCCGGCGGACCCCCGCCAAUCGAGAGCCACGCCGCCACGGGCCGAGGGAAGCUCCUCCCCGACGUGCGUCCUGUCUCUCAUCGAGAGGUUUGAGAGGGAGCAAAUCAUCAUGGUGCCUGACAUCACGGGAGGAGUGAUGUGCAUGCCGCGGGUACCCGAACCACAGCCUACACCAGACGGUGUCUUACCCUGCACCUCCCUAAACGAACCUCUGGAGCCUCCUUCUCCAAAAAGCCAAGAGACGGAAGACAACAAGGAGGAAGAGAAGGGCCUAGAGGAGGAGGCGCAUGAGGAAUUAGAGGAGGACGACAGCGAGCCGGGCGCCUCCUGCUCUGAGAAACGUCUCUCCACAGAAUCUGGAUACGGAGCCUCGGACAGACUCUUGGAUGCCGUAGAGAUGAGGGACCUGGAAAAGUCGGAGAUCCCCCCGGACCGACUGUCCCUCCCCCCGGUGCAGACGGACACCAAACUGACCAAUCGGGACAGCGGCAUCGACAGCAUCAGCUCUCCGUCCCACAGCGAGGAACUGUGCUUCGCGGCGGACGAGAGAGAGGUGUGCCUGUCGCUCCCUCGCCUGUCCUCCUCGUCCUCGUGCGGCUGUAUGGACGGAGCGAUGGGAGAGGGAGCCGCCGCCGCCGCGGAGGAAGGAGGGAGGGACUCGGAGGGGGACAGCGAUUUGGAAGAGGGGAGCGGAGACGAGAGCGAGAGCGUCAUGGCCAUGCAGCCGCAGCCCAAAGCAGAGAGACAGGACUCUGUAGAGCUAUCGGUCCAGCAGCGCGUGUUCAACAUCGCCAACGAGCUCCUGCACACGGAGAAGGCCUACGUGUCCCGGCUUCACCUCCUGGACCAGGUGUUCAGUGGGCGACUGAUGGAGGAGGCGCGAGCACGGGGCUCGUUUCCCUGCGAGGUGGUGAUGGGCGUCUUCUCCAACAUCUGCUCCAUCUACUGCUUCCACCAGCAGUUCCUGCUGCCCGCGCUGGAGAAGCGCAUGGAAGAGUGGGAUGCGAACCCACGGAUCGGGGACAUCCUGCAGAAGCUGGCUCCCUUCCUCAAGAUGUACGGCGAAUACGUUAAGAACUUCGACACGGCCAUGGAGCUGGUGAACACCUGGAUGGAGCGCUCGUCGCAGUUCAAAGCCAUCGUCCAUGACAUUCAGAAAGAGGACAUGUGUGGGAAUCUGACGCUGCAGCACCACAUGCUGGAACCUGUGCAGCGGAUCCCUCGUUACGAGCUCCUGCUGAAGGAUUACCUGCACCGGCUGCCCCAGGACGCAGAAGACUUUAAAGAUGCACAGAAAUCAUUGGAGCUGAUCGCCACGGCAGCCGAGCACUCCAACGCAGCCAUCAGGAAGAUGGAACGCAUGAGGAAGUUGUUGAAGGUGUACGAGCUGCUCGGGGGAGAGGAGGACAUCGUGAACCCGACUAACGAGCUCAUCAAGGAGGGACACAUCCUCAAACUGUCGGCCAAGAACGGGACUUCACAGGACAGAUACCUCAUAUUAUUCAACGACAGGUUGCUGUACUGUGUUCCGAAACUCAGGCUGAUCGGACAGAAAUUCGGAGUGCGGGCGAGAAUCGAUGUAGACGGGAUGGAGCUGAAAGAGGCGAGCAGCAUGAACGUACCACGGACGUUUCUGGUGUCGGGAAAACAGCGCUCCCUCGAACUCCAGGCCAGGACUGAAGAAGAAAAGAAAGACUGGAUUCAGGCAAUCCAGGCAACAAUCCAAAGGCACGAGCAGAGUCUGGAGACGUUCCGGAUGCUGAACUGCUCGUUGCGUGAGGAGGACUGCACGCCCCCUAACUCUCCGAAUUGUACAGAAUUGGGAAAACGUGCCCCCACACCGAUCCGGGAAAAAGAAGUGACGCUGUGUAUGAGGUGCCAGGAGCCGUUCAACUCCAUCACCAAAAGGCGGCACCACUGCAAAGCGUGCGGACACGUGGUGUGUGGAAAAUGCUCAGAGUUCCGGGCACGGUUGUUGUACGAUAACAAUCGUGCAAAUCGAGUGUGCAUAGACUGCUACACGACGCUGGUGGGCGUCCCGCCGUCUCCAGCGAGCCUGACAAACAGCGCUCACAGACGACGCUCUAUCCUAGAGAAACAAGCAUCAGUGGUGGCAGAGAACAGUGUGCUCUGCAGCUUCCUGCACCACAUGGAGAAGGGCAGUGGACGCGGCUGGCAAAAGGCCUGGUUCGUCAUCCCCGAAAACGAGCCUCUCGUGCUUUAUAUAUACGGUGCUCCACAGGAUGUGAAAGCCCAGCGCAGCAUCCCUCUCAUCGGGUUCGAAGUCUCCCUCCCCGAGUCAUGUGACCGUCUGGAGCGGCGCCACGCCUUCAAAAUAAGUCAGAGUCACCUGACCGUCUACUUCAGCGCCGAGGGCGAAGAGCUGCAGCGCCGCUGGAUGGAGGUGCUCUCCAGAGCCGGGAGAGGGGAGGAGCUACAGACGCACGGCCCAAUCACAGAGGCCCUGGAGGAGGAAGGGGAGGAGCCGAGCUCUUUCUGAGAAAGCACACGAUCGGUCGAUCUUUUUUGCACACUCGUACUGUACACACACACACACACACACACACAGUGACCUUCACAUUCACACACAGCCGUUCGAAUCGUCAGUUGUAAGUUGCAUGAUAUCUACAGGUACGUUUCUCUGUAUUGCGCAUCUUCUGUGAGCGUGCUCUCCCCGCACAUGGUGCUUUAAAGGCUGGGUUGGUGUAGUCGCCAUGCUUAUAGUCAUCUUUCCUCCUCUUUAUGGGCGGGUCUGCCUCUUCCUCCAGCCUUCGCCGGGUUGUUUUUACAGGAAAGCUUACCUGCUGGGGGUGUAAAGCGCUCGUAAACCCGCACGCGUCUCGUUCAGAGGAGACGUUCGGGUCUCUAGAUGUGGUCAGGCAGCUCAGUACAGGUCCAGGUAGCAAAGCCAGAGGUGUGAAGUACAAGUUUAACUGAAAUUUACUGCGAGGUUUUUAUGAAGAGCAAACACGUCCACGUUUGGCACAACCAACCAUAUGUACUCUAAUAUGGCACGUAUAGAAUAUAUACGGUAUGUAUGAGAUACACUACGUGGCCACAAGUAUCUGGACGCCUGACCAUGAAAACAAGUCCAAAAAGGUUUUGAAGUAUGUCUGUGAGAAUCUGUGCCCAUUUAGUCAAAAUAUUACAGCAUUCGUAGGGCUGGACACAGAGCUGCUGAGUGGAGCUGAGGUCAAGACUCCGCUGGAGUAUCUCUUAAGCUGGAACAGGAAAGGGCCUUCCCUAAACUGUUGCUGCAAAGCUGGAAGCAUGGAAUUACCUUUAUAUCACUGAUAAAUUACACUUGUUAGCAAGUGUUGUGGCUGAAACAUGUGAAUUCAAUAAUUAGAAGGGGCGUCCCAAUACUUUUGUCCACAUAGUGUAUCCUGUGCAUUAAUAUGUAUUUAGAGCUCUUAAUCUCAAAUGUGAAGCCUUGAACCGCUCCCAACUAAAAUCUUCUGUGCCUUUUGGAGGACUCGAGUCUCUCCUAAAAUGUGUCACAUUUUUCCAGACAUCUACGACCCACAGAGCACAGGUUCAGAACCAAGUCCAGAACCAAGUCUAGAACCAGCAGAUUGUAGCACCAGAUUAGCUCGUCUGUGCCUCUCGGUGGAGGUUUAAUGCACUGCAGGUUUACAAAAUUUCAGCUACAAACAGAAGGGCAUCUGCUCUAAUGCACACCUACCAGAAAAUAGGUCCUCGAACUACAAAAUUUAUAAACGAAUCAGAAGAAUCGACUGUUUAUUAUUAGACUUCGUAUGUUGUAUACAAAGAGUUUAGAUUAGCUUGAGAUCCUGGGAGACUUUAUAGACUAUGAGAUGUUAUGAGACGUGUGUAUUCCAGAGGGUUUUUAAUGCAUAAAGCAGCUGGGGGUUUGAUAAGAGAAAGAGUAUAUAGAUAUAAAACAUGGUGACGGUUUUGAGGAGCGUGUUAAGGGUUUUAGACGUCGUGUUUGUGUAUGAAACGUGCUAAAAGAGAAAAAAAAAAAAGAAACGAUCGUUUUUUUGUAAAUAUAAUUUAUUGCUCCAAGCCCAGUUUUGUGGGUCGGCUGUUCUCUCCGAGCUCGGUGUUUCCUUCAUUAUGUGGCGUUUUGAUAGACAUCUGAGCAUUUUUUUACUUUCCUCCUCAGCUCCAGAAGUCUGUGUUUCCUUCACAUAGAUCAGAUUUCCAGCGGGUUUUCCGACCCAGCCGCCCGUCUCAGACUGCUGGAACUCGUCGUGUGGUUGGGAAUAGUUUUUAUCCUCCUCUCUGUUCGUCAGAAAUACUCGCCUGAUUCAAAGUGGUGCUGAAUUCAUGGCUAACGUUUUAUAUUUCAGUGACGUAUCAGUCCUGCCUCCCCGUCUCUCCAGAGGGCCAAACAGUGUCAGAAAAAAAGCAGAAGUGCUGAUUAGCGUAUUUUCCAGACCAUUACAAGAUCCACCAGAUUUUACAGACUUGAUAAGGUUUACUGUGUGCCGUGUGCCACCCUAACCAGGAUUACACGUCAUCUAUAAAGAAAAGAAUCGACCUGUGACAAAUGUUAGUCGGGUCAAAAAAAGUUAGUACUCAUUUUGGCAACCGAUUGCAGGGCAACAAACACAAACUUAUUCACUCUCUUCGACAUCCAGUGAGCGGCAAUUUGCACAAAGAUUCUUUAUUCUCACAUUUACAUUUUCAGCAUUUAGCAGACGCUUUUAUCCAAAGCGACUUACAGUUGUGACAGCAUACAAUCUGAGCAAUUGAGGGUUAAGGGCCUUGCUCAAGGGCCCAACAGUGGCAACCUGACAGUGGUGGGGCUUGAACCGGCAACCUUCUGAUUACUGGACCAGCACCUUAACCAGCAGGUUUUUAAAAUAAUAAUUAAAUAAACAAAAUUUAACAGGCACAUAAACACAAAAUGAACUUGUACACGAAUGCCCCCCAUGUGGAGGUUUUACAUUACGUCUUGUAUACCACAGUGGGACCAGAUUGCCACCAUUUACAUUAAUUAAUUAUAUUUUGUGUUGGGUUUCGAUUUGAUGCAUCGUUUGUGUUGCCUGGGUCGCGGUGAAAGUCACAAACAGAUUGUGAUUCGCUUGGAAAAAAAGCUUGAUUUAGAGCAUCCAGUCCACCUACUGGCACAGGAAAGUGUCCACUGAAAAUGAAUGAAUGAAAUACAAAUACAAAAGUAAGUGGAACCUGUGGCACGUAACGCCUCACACAUUAGGGUGCGUUCAGAACGUUCUUUCACCCUAGUGCACCUUACACUCUGGAAAAUACGGUAAUCAUGGUAAAGAAUUGUGUUCCUCUCUCUGAAUGUCAGUGUGUACGUUCAUAGUUUGUCGAUCAUCGUCCUGAUCUGAGCGUUCAGUUGAGCCUGCCACUCGUUCUCUCGUGCACAUCUGACCGCCCGACUCCAACAGAAAGUCCGUCUAGCCAGCGUAGGGUUUCUCUCUCCUGUGAUACGCCUCGUACUGUCGCUCCUUACAUACCCACGUUUCUUUAUUUUUACUCUGCUUUUUGCCAAAGUAUACAGCAGGAGAUGUAUUACUGCGUCGUGUUUAUCUCGGUGUUAUUCAGUUCUGUGUGUUAUUUUUUACCGCCCAUAUUUAUUGUAUUUUUUUUACUUUAUGAGAGUUCUUGCUGUGAGAACUAAAGGACGAGAGCGAAUGUGUGCAGAGCAGAUUCCAAAUACAAAAUACUACAUAGCAAAAUCGUUGAGGAAUAACAGGUUUUGUUGCUCAAUUCCAUUGCUUUAUUUUAAACAAAUGAUCUGGCAUUCUUUUCUCAAAGCUCCAGAAAUUAUUUAACUCUAAACUGACAUUUGAAGUGUCAGGAUAUAAAGAUGAGAUUAUUUAGAGUACUCAAGCAUCUCUGCACAACCACAGCAUUUCAAAUAUAACCUGAGCCUAUCAGAAAAACUGCCAUUUCUUAUUUUUUUAUUUCAUUUCCAUCAACCACAGGGUUCAGUUUAAUUAGAAAACAUCAGGCAUAAGUCAGCGCUUCGGCCACCCCCUUCAGACAUAGUCGAUUAUGUCUGUGUAGACGCCUGGCCAUCUGCUAGGUGGUGGGGUAGCACGAUAUACCACUGCACCGCUCAUUUUAGUGCUUUUAAGCUCAGCCGGGAGUCUUGUGGGUCAACGUGCUCAUAAAUAAAAUGUUCAUUUUUAUCCAGUGGCAUCGGAAAACCAGACUCCGGUUUCUGAUGUCACCAAAAAAGCACGAACCUGCCAGAUGACACAGCCAGGAAUCUUCAGACAUCAAAUAUUAUAAACAUUUUGGCUUAUUAACCUUUUCUUUGACAGCAUAAAUAUGCUGGCGUCAGUCGAAUGAGCCCAACAUUUGUGAAAGUGCUUCGUUAAAGGUUUUCAUUGAUCUUCCUCAAUCAUGGAAUCUGUAUAAAUUUGCUGUACACAUGAUGAGUAUUACUGUUAUUACCAGUACUAUCUAAUUAUUAUCAUUAAUUAUAUUAGUGGCAGGCCACUGGGUACCAUUGUAUGUUGAUAACCCAAGAAAUCUGUGCAAGAUCAUGAAAAUGUUUAUGAAUUAAAGGAUUAAACAAGAA